CACAAAAUAAAAUAAAAUAUCAACAACAUUUCCUCAUGCAUGUUAUUAUAUAAGUAACUUCUCUAUCGCUUGUUAACAUUGUGAUUAACCACCAAGCACAUUACACACACAAAAAUCACUAUAUACAUAAUUUCUAUCGAUAUGUGGAUCGUUUUCUCGAGUUUUCUUCUGCUCUUCACCAUCAUCACAAGUUCUCUUUCAAAUAUAACAACAGAGGCCUCUUCACCAGCUCUUGAUCCAGACGAAUUGAAUGCGUUAAAGGAGAUAGCUACUACACUUGGAAUCACGAGACGAUUGGACCUAAGCAAUGGAUACCCUUGUUCUCAAGGAAAACUGAUGACCAUACCAGAAAUUGAGUCUGUUUCGGGGAUGAUCAACACCAUUGUUUGUGAUUGUAGCUUCAACAACAACGCCACAUGUCAUAUUACAGAAUUAACUCUCAGCACUAUGAGUCUUCGUGGGAAACUUCCGCCUCAGUUGGUCAAGCUUCAAUAUCUCCGGACAAUAAGCUUGGCCCGGAACUACCUUUCGGGUACAAUCCCGAUGGAGUGGGGUUCAAUGCCAUACCUUACGAGCAUCUCGCUCGCCGCUAAUCAGUUGUCUGGAAAGUUACCACCUGAGUUGCAAAAUCUCAAGAAUCUGAUGUUUUUAGGGGUUGAAGCCAACAAUUUCUCUGGUCCGAUUCCUGAUGAGCUUGGUAAUUUGACCAAACUAAUAAGAUUGGAUCUUGCGUCCAAUCAAUUUACUGGAAGCCUUCCUACCUCUUUCGCUAAACUAGUCAACCUUGAGAAAUUUAAGAUAUUUGACAAUAACUUUACUGGCACCAUCCCAGAAUAUAUCGGCAACUGGUCUCGUCUUCAAAGGCUAGAUAUAUACGCAAGUGGACUGAAAGGACCUAUUCCUGAUACAGUGGCCCGCCUAGAAAAUCUUACUGAACUGAGCAUUAGUGAUACGACUGGGAUAAACUCGUUUCCAAAACUAUCUAACAAACUCAAAAAUCUGGUUUUGAGGAAUGUGAAUUUGUCUGGUCCAAUUCCUCCUUACAUAUGGAAUUUGAAAACUCUUCGGAUUCUUGAUUUAUCGUUUAACAAAUUGACUGGUGAAAUUCAACUACAAAACCUUCCAAAAAAGACCUAUUUGACUGGCAAUUUGCUUUCUGGAAACAUUGAAUCUGGUGCUUUGAGCAACAGCAAAUCUUAUAUCGAUCUCUCUUAUAACAAUUUCUCAUGGUCGUCUAACUGCCAGGAGAGUAACAUUAACAAAUACCGAAGCUCAUAUUUGAAGAACAAUUUAACUGGGAUUCUUCCAUGCGCGGCUCCAAUCCAAUGCAACAAAUAUCAGCGAUCACUACAUAUAAAUUGUGGUGGAGAAAAUGUAACUAUUACAAACUCCUUUGGUACAACAACUUACCAAACUGAUAACAGUCGUCAAACCACCUCUGCAUCAAAUCAGCACUUCGAAAACUGGGGAGUCAGUAACACAGGUGACUUUACCGAUGAUGCAAGUGAUGAUGAUGUGUACUCCAUUUCAAAUACUUCAACACUAUAUGGAGAUUAUCCUCAUGAUCUUUAUAAGACUGCACGUCGAUCUGCUCUCUCUCUCGUUUAUUAUGCGUUUUGCUUGGAAAAUGGAGCCUACGAUGUGAAACUCCAUUUUAUGGAGCUUCAGUUUUUAAACAAAGAACUAUACACUCAUGUCGGUAGGCGCAUAUUUGAUGUCUAUGUUCAGGAUGUAUUGGUUUUGAAAGACUUUAACAUCAAAGAGGAGGCUAACGACACUCUUAAGCCUGUUGUUAAAAGUAUGAAUGUCAAUGUGACGGAUCAUAUGUUAGAGAUUCGGUUUUAUUGGGCAGGGAAAGGGACAACCCUUAUUCCUGGAAGAGGAAAUUAUGGUCCCCUUAUUUCUGCAAUUUCCUUGUGUCAUCACAGUCUGGAGCCACGUUGUGGAGCGGAGAAAAUAAAACAUCCCAUGAAUUACCUCCUAAUUAUGGGGGUUUUGGGUGCCUUCGUAGCAAUUCUCUUGGCUUUGGGAAUAUAUGCUAGGAGAAGAUGGAUUAGACACAAUAAAAAGAAAGAAAGAGAUCUGAGAGCCGAGAGUCUACAAACGGUUUGCUUUACUUGGAGGCAACUACAAGCUGCAACAAACAAUUUUGAUGAAGCCAACAAACUCGGAGAAGGAGGUUUCGGAUCUGUAUUCAAAGGAGAACUGUCGGAUAGAACUAUGAUAGCAGUCAAGCAACUUUCUUCUAAGUCAUGCCAAGGAAACCGCGAAUUUGUGAAUGAGAUAGGAAUGAUCUCAGGUCUGAAUCAUCCAAACCUUGUCAAGCUUUAUGGUUGCUGUGUCGACAAGGAUCAAUUGCUGCUCGUGUAUGAGUACAUGGAAAAUAACUCUCUUGCUCUUGCCUUGUUUGGAAAGGGUUCCCUGAAACUGGACUGGAAAGCAAGACAAAAAAUCUGUGUUGGAAUCGCAAGAGGUCUUGCAUUCCUCCACGAAGGAUCGACGAUGAGGAUGGUUCACCGUGACAUAAAAACAACUAAUGUGCUUCUAGACGCUGACCUUAAUGCAAAGAUAUCUGAUUUUGGGUUGGCUAGGCUCCAUGAAUCAGAAGACCGUCACAUUAGCACCAAAAUUGCAGGAACCAUCGGAUAUAUGGCUCCUGAAUAUGCACUAUGGGGUCAACUGACAGAUAAAGCAGACGUGUACAGCUUCGGUGUUGUGGCAAUAGAAAUUGUUAGUGGAAAAAAUAAUGCAAAACAGAAGGGAAGUGUUGAUCACGUCUCGCUUAUCAAUUGGGCACUGACGCUGCAACAGACAGGGGAUAUAAUGGAGAUCAUAGAUUCAAAGCUCGAAGGUGAGUUCAACAGCGAUGAAGCCGUAAGAAUGAUCAAAGUUGCUCUCACUUGCACAAACUCAUCUCCUUCCUUGAGGCCAGCAAUGUCAGAUGCUGUUAAAAUGCUCCAGGGAGAGAUCGAAAUACCAAAGGUUAUGUCAGAUCCUGGUUUAUAUGGAGAAAACUGGAGCAUGUCAAAGCUGAGUGACUUUGAUACACAUGGUAGCUCGAGCACGUCUGGUCUGACCGACAAUACAACAACAACAACAAUAAAAUCCUCUGUGUCUGAUCUCUACCCAUUAUACCCGCAAUCCGUGAUCCAAACUCCAACCGUAGAAUAACCAUAUAUCCUCGUCUCUGAAAAAUCAAAAGCUGUGCAUGUUACCUUUUUCCCUAUUACUUUAUGAGAGGCUUGUGAGGUUAUAUUCCUAAAGUUAUAGUUAUAUCACUAAAUUUGUCUGGAACUGUACUAUAAGCUAACAUUAAUGUACGUCCAAAAGCACAUGUAUGUAUCUCUUAUGAAUGUUUGUCAAACUCAAAUCAAAUAUUUUUAUGGAAGUCUCUUUGUUCUCA